CUUCCGUGGCUGGUGCCGCCGUGAGAGGCGAGCGGCGGUGCCGGCGGCCAUGCAGGUCCUGGCAGGCUGGGCCGUGCUGGUGGCACUGGGCUGGUGCCUGAGGGCCGCUGCGGAGGUGCCGCUCGGCGACUUCUACCCCUUCGGACCGGCCCAGGGCGACGCCGCCACGCGGAAGCAGGACGAUGGUGGCUCCGAGCUCCGGCCCCUCUCCAUCCCCUUCCCCUUCUUCGGUGCGGGGCACACCGGCCUCUAUGUAAACAACAACGGGAUCAUCUCGUUCCUGAAGGAGGUGUCCCAGUUCACACCAGUGGCCUUCCCCAUCUCCAAGGACCGGCGUGUGGUUGCUGCUUUCUGGGCAGAUGUGGAUAAUCGGCGGGCAGGUGAAAUAUAUUACCGAGAGAGCACCGAGCAGCCCAUCUUGGACAGAGCCAGCAGGGACAUUGCCCAGUAUUUCCCUGAGUUCCCAGAGUUUUCUGCACAGUGGGUCUUCAUUGCAACCUGGUACCGAGUCACCUUCUUCGGGGGCAACUCAUUUUCACCAGUAAACACUUUCCAGAUUGUGCUCAUCACGGAUGGCAAGCUUUCCUUCACCAUCUUUAACUAUGAGUCCAUCACCUGGACCACGGGUAUGCACGCCAGCAGUGGGGGGGACUUUGCUGGGCUCGGUGGCAUCGCAGCACAGGCAGGUUUUAACGCCGGUGAUGGAAAGCGCUACUUCAACAUCCCCGGAUCCCGCACCGAUGACAUCGCUGACGUGGAGAUGACGACAAAUGUGGGUAUCCCCGGGCGCUGGGUGUUCAGAAUCGAUGAUGCCCAGGUGCAAGUGGGGGGCUGCAGCAAUACAACCUCUGUGUGCCUGACACUGCGGCCCUGCCUGAAUGGGGGGAAGUGUAUCGAGGACUGCAUCACGGGGAACCCCUCCUACACCUGCUCCUGCCUGGCCGGUUUUACUGGGAAGAGGUGCCAUGUUGAUGUGGAUGAGUGCCUCUCCCAGCCAUGUCAGAAUGGAGCCACCUGCCUCAACGGUGCUGGCAGGUUCACCUGCAGGUGCCCGCCAGGCUUCAGAGGCAACAGCUGUGAGACUGAAGAAUCACCAUGUGAGAACAGGGUGUGCCAGAAUGGUGGGAGUUGCCAGGUGGUGAACAGGACAGCAGAAUGCCUGUGCCAAUCAGGGUACACAGGGGAGGACUGCCAAACAGAGGUGAACGAGUGUGAGUCCAGCCCGUGCCUGAACGGCGGGCACUGCAUGGACCUGGUCGAUAACUACACCUGUGUGUGCCUGGAGCCCUUCGUGGGACAGCGCUGCGAGACAGAUUCCUCUUCCUGCGAGGACCGGAGUUGCCAGAACCGGCAGACGUGCAACUACAUCCGCCCUGGCCGCUACAUCUGCACCUGCUCCCCGGGUUAUUACGGCAACAACUGCCAGUACGGUGGGCCCCGUGUGCCCGGCGCCUGCCUCUCCCAGCCGUGCCAGAACUCAGGCAGCUGCCUGGAGACUGAGAGGGGCUAUGUCUGUGAGUGCCAGGAGGGCUACACUGGACAGGACUGCCGAGACCAGCUCUCUGAGGGCUGUGAGUGUCGUAAUGGGGGCAGUUGUCUGGAGGGCAAUGUCACCGUCUGCCAGUGCCUUCCUGGGUUUUUUGGUCUCCUCUGUGAAUUCGAAGUCACCACGACACCGUGCAACAUGAACACGCAGUGCCCGGACGGCGGCUACUGCAUGGAGUAUGGCGGGAGCUACCUCUGUGUCUGCCACACCAGCUAUGGCACCAACCACACAAUGCCAUCCCCCUGCGACUCAGAGCCCUGCCUGAAUGGGGGCUCCUGCAAGGUUCACGAUGACUCGUACAGCUGCGAGUGUCCUCAAGGCUUCCUGGGCAUGCACUGCGAGAAAGCCAAGCCUCGGCUCUGCAGCACGGGGCCCUGCCGCAACGGGGGCACCUGCAGGGAGGCGGACGGCGAGUACCACUGCUCCUGCCCCUACCGCUUCACCGGCAAGCACUGCGAGAUCGGUAAGCCGGACCCCUGUGCCUCGGGGCCCUGCCAGAACGGAGGCACGUGUUUCCACUACAUCGGCAAGUACAAGUGUGACUGUCCCCCAGGCUACACCGGCCGGCACUGCGAGAUUGUGCCCUCCCCUUGCUUUCCCAGCCCCUGUGAGAACGGGGCUACCUGCGAGGAGCUCGGCAGGGGCUAUGCUUGCACCUGCUCCCUGGGCUAUGUAGGGAAGCACUGCCAGUUUGAAGUUGACUGUGGCAUCCCCAGUGAGGUGAAGCAUGCCCAGGCUUCUUUCAACUCCACCAAGGUGGGCUCACUGGCUGAGUACCAGUGUGAGCUGGGCUACAUCCUCAGCCAGCACAACCAUCCCCGUGUGUGCCGUGUGCCAGGCGUCUGGAGCGACCCCCCUGAGUGCGAUGAGAUUGAUGAGUGCCAGUCGCAGCCCUGCCUGAAUGGUGGCCAGUGCAAGGAUCGUGUCUCUGCCUUCCUGUGCUUGUGUGAGCCAGGUUACACAGGCCACCACUGUGAGCUGGAUGUUGACGAGUGCCAGUCAGAGCCCUGCAAGAACAGCGGGACCUGCCAAGACCUGCCCGGGUCCUUUGCUUGCUCCUGUCCUGAGGGCUUCCUGGGCACCCAGUGUGAGACAGAAGUGGAUGCCUGUGAGUCAGACCCUUGCCAAAACGGAGGGGAUUGUGAGAGCUACGGGGGCUCCUACCUCUGUGUGUGCCCAGAGGGUUUCUUCGGCUACCACUGUGAGACAGCCAGUGACCCGUGCUUCUCCAGCCCCUGUGGGAGCAGAGGCUACUGCCUGCCCAGCAAUGGCACCCACAGCUGCACCUGCAAAGUCAGCUACACAGGCAAGAACUGCGAAAAAGAAUUGCUGCCACCAACCUCAUUAAAGGUGGAAAGGGUGGAGGACACUGGUGUGUUGAUUUCUUGGCACCCACCUGAGGACGCAGCUGCCAGGCAACUCAUUGACGGCUACGCCGUGACGUACGUAUCCCUCGACGGCUCUUACCGCAGGACAGAUUUUGUGGACCGAAGUCGUUCUGCCCACCAAUUGCGGGCACUAACCUCCGGCAGAGCCUACAAUAUUUCUGUCUUUUCAGUCAAACGCAACGUGAACAACAAGAAUGAUAUCAGCAGGCCCGUCAUGCUCACCACGCGCACUAGGCCGCGCCCGGUGGAAGGCUUUGAGAUCAGCAAUGUGACUGCCAGCGCCAUCACGGUGCACUGGGCUCUGCACCGCCUGCAGCACUCCACUGUCAGCAGGGUCAGGGUCUCCAUCCGCCACACGGGGGACCUGGCAGCCCGCACCGUGGAGCUCAACAGCAGCGUGGCCAAGUACACCUUCCUGGACCUGCAGCCAGGAGAGAGGUAUAUCAUCCAUGUCACAACGCUGAGCGGCCUGGGAGUGGAAGACCACCCCUCAGAGAGCCUGGCCACAGCCCCUUUUCAUGUGUGGACAAGGCCUCUCCCCCCACAGAACCUCACUGCCUCCCACGUCAGCGCCACCUCUGUGUCCAUGGCGUGGCAGCAGCCGCCUGCUGGCACCACGGAGGGGUACAUCAUCAAUGUCACCACGGCCCAGAGCGUCAAGAGCCGCUACGUGCCCAACGGGAAGCUGGUGUCCUACACGGUGCGGGACCUGCUGCCAGGCCAGCGCUACCACCUGUCCCUGACAGCCGUGCAGAACACGGAGCAGGGCCAGCUGCACAGCGAGCCCAUCCACCUCCACGUCAGCACCUUGCAGAGGGAUGGGGCUCCAGAGAGGCGGUGGAGCCAAGCCGGGCACCCGCGGGUCCUGCGGAACAGGCUGCCGCCUGCCUUCCUGCCGGAGCUCCGCCUGCUGGCAGAUCACGACACGGCUGAGGAGCCCUCGCCUGCCCCCAGGUUCACAGAGCUGGUGGAUGGCAGAGGGAGGAUCAGUGCCAGGUUUGGCCCUGCGCUGGGAAGAUCCAUCACUGUGAAAACACAGCCAGAGGCUCCAGUGAGGCUGGAGAACACAGAGGUGUCCAGCUGGGACAGUCUGGCACUGCAGCUGCGUGAGGCAAAGAGCAAGAGAGAGGGGCAGAACUGCUCCCAGAAUCCCUGCAGGAAUGGAGGCACCUGCACCAGAGAUGGGGAGUCCUACCACUGUGCCUGCCGCCCGGGCUUCAAGGGCAGGCUCUGCCAGCUGGCAGCCUGCAAGAAGGUGCCCCACUCGUGCACGCGGCUGUACUCGGAAACCAGGGCAUUCCCCGUGUGGGAAGGAGGCACCUGCCACUACCUGUCCAGGAGAGUCUACAAGGUACACCAGGAUAUCUGCUACAAGGAGAGCUGUGAGAGCACCACUGCCAAGAGGACGAGCAGCAGAAAGCCAAGCAACAGUCACACACUGAAGAAGCCCUAGAGGUUUUAAAGCAGUAGAAGCUUCGUCUUUCCACAUCUAAGGGCUUUUUGAACACCAGGAAGAUCAGAUCUGCUCACGGGGUUGAACACAGCAGGGUUGAACUUCCUGCCUGGUGUCAACCUCUCCCUCUCCUCCGGCCCAUUAGGGACACGCAGCUGGAUCAGCACACUGAGUAGUGCUCCCUUUCCCCCUGCUGGCCCAGCACUGCCUUUGCUGGCCCCCUCUCAGUGCCCCUUGAGGGGCCAGCCCUGCUCAGCACCCCCAGCCACUCUGCACAAGCCACGGGCUCCCCGCUUCACUCAGGGACCAGCCCAGCCCCUUGCCAACAGCAUCUGCACCAAUCUGUUCUCGUAAUCCAAGGUUAUAAAUUACCUAUAACCCUCAAAUAAAACAGUUUAAUGCAGACCAAAAAGCUUUAGCCAUCACCUGAAAUCUGGCCCCCAGAAACAU